AUGCCUUUGUCAUUACUAAAAGCUCAACCUUGUGCUUUAAGACAUUUCAAAAACGUCAGCGUUGGAAAUGAAGCCUUCCGUCCAUCUGAGUUGAUUUCAAGUCACAAUAUCCACCGCUUGGGAGAGUGUCAUUUACUGUGCAUUGCGAAAGAAAAUUGUUAUGGUUACAACUACAGAGUGAGACGAAGCAGUGUUUAUUCUGUAAACUGUCAACUUAGCAAAAGCACUAAGAAGUGGAAUAAAACAACGACUAAAUAUGGACCAUGGGUUUACUACCAGGAUGUUAAGGUGACAGAAGCAAUAAAAAUGUUCCACGCCAACUUUACAAGUCUUGGAGCAACUGGUCGUCUUGGUCCUUCUUCCCUGGGCUCCUACUAUGUGGGGAAAGAUAAUGACAACAUGGUGACUCUCAAGAAUGGGAUACAGUUCUGGACAGUUUCCUACACUGGAACAUACGAGAUCACCGCAGUUGGUGCAGCCGGAGGAUAUGAUAAAUACGGCUCAACUGCUCGAGGUCGUGGCGCUUAUAUGAGGGGUGAAUUUACCUUUCAGAAAGGAGAUGUAAUUAAAAUAUUGGUUGGACAGACAGCUCCAGUAAAUUCUGCAAGUCAGUCGUCAGGGGGAGGUGGCGGAUCAUUUGUUGCGACAUCGUCUAACACACCGCUUAUUGUUGCUGGGGGCGGGGGUGGUGUUGAAAGGCUGAGUAAUAGACUGGCAAACUGCGAUGCAAAUACCAGAACAUCUGGAAGAAGAAAUCAAUGUAAAUUCUCGUGUGCCAUUUGGUCUGGGGGGAAGAAUGGGAGUGGCGCCUCACAAGCAGACAGCAGUAACUCAGGUGGUGGUGGUGGCGGAUUCUAUAGCAAUGGACGGAGCAGUUUUCAGUUUGGCGGUUCCUAUGGUCACGGUGGGGAAGGAGGGAGAGGUUUUAUUCAGGGGGGAGCAGGAGGACGUGCUCGCACUAAUAAUGCUGUCGGUGGAUUUGGAGGAGGUGGAGGGGCGUAUGGAGCCGGAGGAGGCGCAGGAGGUGGCGGGGGAUAUUCUGGUGGAGCAUCUGGAAAUAAUUUUUAUUACUCGUGUGGUGGAGGUGGAGGUUCCUACAACGCUGGGAGAAAACAAAGAAACGUGGAGGCCAUGAGUGAGAAGGGAAAUGGUUAUGUCGAAAUAAAACGUGUCGUCUAA